AUGACCCCAAAUAGCUGCAAAAAUUAUUUCCCUGAUAUAUUCCGAUUUUCUACUUCACAAAGCUUAAAUAUCUGAAUUUCUCUUAAGUGCCAGAUCUAUUUAAAUCAAUUAUUUGAUAUUUUUGUUGUGUUUCUUUUUCUCAUAGAGUUUGACUAUGCAAAGCUCAAUUUAAACGUAAAUUUAAUAUUAAAUUAUAUUUAUUUAUUGAUUUGAAUAUGAUUGCAAAAUUCAAGGAACCGAUUUGUUUUAUUUCAAACAAAACUUUAUAUCUAA